UCGUAGAAGUUGUUACAGAUAAACCAUUUUAAGAUGUUGACAUUAGAGUAAUCAGGGACACACAGUUUGAUUGUUUGUUCCAGUGUCAGGAAUGGACGAGUUACCUCCAUGUAAAGUAUGUGGUGGAAGAAGCUCAGGUCUCCAUUAUGGGGUGAUGACUUGUGAAUCAUGUAAAGGAUUUUUUAGGAGAGCAUUUAUCAGAAAAUCUCCAUAUGAAUGUAAAUUACAACAAGACUGUCAUAUUACAGAAAAGAGAGGAAAAUGUUCUGGGUGUAGACUAAGGAAAUGUUUAGAGGUUGGAAUGUCUGUUGAUGCUAUUCAGAUGGGGAGAGUCACAAUAAAUGAUAAAGCAGACAGAUUGAUUGAAUACAAAAAUAGACAAGAAGAAGAAAUAAAACAAACAACCCAUACAACAAAUCCGAUAGUUGUAGGAAGCAAUGAACUGCUACAACAUGGUUUUAGUGAAGAUAAACUGCCAGAUGAAAUAACCGGAGAUUAUAUCAUGCAGUCAAAACCAGAUGAUCACAUUCAAACUCCAUAUCUCAUUUUUGAAAAUCAGGAAACACUACUCACACUUGGCGAUGAUGAAUCACAGAACGUAACAGUCAUACCAACACAACUAAACGGGAUGGAAUGUGGAACAACACUUCAAAAGAUAAAACAUCCAAUGGCAGAUAAAAAUCUUGUGUUUGGUGCCGAAAAUUCAUCAAUCAUAGAUAGCAGCUCACAUCAUUCAUGUUUCCAGGGUCAUGAAUCUUCAUUGCCUGGUGAGAGGGUUAAAGUUCAUUCUUCUAGCAGUUCACAUCAUUCAUGUUUCCAGGGUCAUGAAUCUUCAUUGCCUGGUGAAAGGGUUAAAGUUCAUUCUUCUGCAACAACAAAUCUUAGUCUUUCGUGUAAAAACUCAAUGUAUUCCUCUGGUGGUGACGAAAGUAAAAUGAUACAGCAUGUUAAAGAAUAUAUAAAUCAUCAUAAUGGGGAUGUUGAGUCUAUGAACAAGGAAUGGUUAACUGUAGGUGGAGAAGACUGUGGUGAUGAUUGUAUAUUUAAAAAUCUUGAACACCGUCUGUCACAGGAAGUAGAAUUAAGUGAAGAUACAUGUACUGACAUUGAUGGUAUUGUAUCAUCAUUGACUCAUGCAAUGGACUGUAUCCAGGUCUUCAAUGUAAAAUACUCAGCAGAUGAAGUGAAACAGAAAUUGAAAGAAGGAUCAGAAGCUUUCAAAGUGAAACAGGAAGUAUUUGGUGAACUGAGGAGUUUACCAGACAGAGAAUUUUAUAACUUAUACAAAACAACAGGAAUUGAUGCUGAUGGGAGAAUGAAACAAAUGGAUGACCACUUUAGCUGGUAUGAGGUCAUAGUUCAUCAAUAUGUUGACUUUGCUAAACGCAUUCCAGGAUUCUGUUCAUUAUUAACUUGUGAUCAAGCAGCCUUGUUAAAAGCUUCAAGGUCAGAAUGCUUCUUCUUCAUCAUACACGAAGCUUGUGAUCCGGACACAGAAAUGGUCAUGCUGUUUUCUGGUCAAACAUAUAACAUCAAAGAAAUUGUUGGUUGGAUGCCUGAAGAAUUGCUUAAAGUGUGGACAGAGUUUUGUAAAGGAAUACAGAAUCUGAAUCUUACAAAGAAAGAACAAGCUCUUGUUUUGGCUCUGUUGAUUACAACACCAAGUGACAAAUACACUUUAAAAGAACCAGAAAAGGUUCAGGAGAUUCGUAAAAAAUUAGAACUUAGCAUUGAACAUGUGGUUCAAGGCACAGAGAGAAAUUCUACUGCCUUAUGGAUUCAGAUGACUAGAAACUUGAUUUCAUCAUUACAAAGUAUGAAGGACAUAGAAGAAAAAGAGCAUAAUUCUGUAUGUCAAAUGCCAAGUAUUGUGAACUUUUUACUAAGUGAAUGAUCCCAUAAGUUUAUACAGAUUUUCUGGUUCAUAUGAAAAUUGCUCAUUUAAUGAUAUUUGUUCAGUAAGUAAAAAGGUAACAAUACACAGUUAGGAGUUUAGGUUUGCAUUUUUGCCCUGGUGAAUAUUUUAAAUAUGAAAGUUUUUGUGCAAUAGAAUUGAUUUUUUAGAUAGCUGAAGAAUAAUAUAGCCUCCAAAGUGGGUUUAUAUGAACAUCAAGAUUGUUUUUUGCAUGUUUUAAAGGCCAUUUUUCUGUUUGACAGUCUGUAUUUUCACAUCCGUACUGCCCAUAGGUUCAGAAAUUAUUGUAGUGUUUUUCAACAAAUAUUUGACCUUCGAACUUUUCAAUUCAAUUUUAUGGAAAAACGAGGUGAAAUGCAUAUGACUUUUUUUGGAACUCUUGAUGGUUUCAGAAAAUGUAUCACUCUAAUGGACUGAAUUUCUUCUUUGGCCCAAAUUUUGGUUACUUUUGUGACAUUUUGACCCCCCUUUUUGCAAUAGUUUGUAUCAAAUAAAUGCAGAUUGUUGCCAUGGUUACACCAAAAAGAGAUUAUAUUUCACCAUUUUAACUAUUGGAAAUCAAGUCUAUGGAAGAUGCUGUUUCCAUACACAUGCGCAUACAUAAUACAAACAUUAAGCCUGAUUUGUUAAAAAGCAAGGGAAAGAGGGUGGUUAAAAAUUAUGAGUGUCAAUUUUAAGUUUUUUUCCUAACUGUACACAAAGGUAAUAGAAGAUAACCAUUGCCAAUUAAAAGUAGAAAAUAUUAAAAAAAUACUCUAGGUUAGUAAGUUUACAAAUAUGUUAAAUUAAAACUUUAACCCUCUGUUCCCCCUUCUGUCCAACUUUUGUAUUCACUACUGCUUAUGAACUGCUUAACAUACUUUUAUGCCACUUUCACAGAAUCUGACAGACAUGAUGCACUUUUGCAUCUCUUAUUUCAUUUCUUCAUGAAUGAUUUUUGGGUUUAAUUAGACAUGACAUGUACUUAUUCAUAUCUGCACACUACUGUUUACAUUGUAGUGUUUUCACCUCUCCUCCUUAACCCCUUGUUCCAAUUUAUUGAAAGUUUCUCAGAACUUUAAUCAGUACAUUUUUGUUUUACCAUUGUGAACCUCAUAAAAUGUUUGCACUCUUUCUGAAGUUAGAUUCUUAAUAUUUUAUACUCGUGGAAGAGUACUUUGUGUGAUCUGGUGUCAUUUUGUUUAGCUUUGCCCGCAGUACCUCUAGUUUUUAAUGGCAUUUGUUUUUAUCAAAAUGUAAUGUUAUUAACAGUCCUAUUAUAACUGCAUGAUGGAAAACAGUAAAAUAACAAAAUAAAAACUCAUUGUAUUUUGUAUACACUCAAAUAGAUAUGUUGUUAACUUUGUAGAAUGUUGUUUAAAAGCUUUUUAUGGAAAUGCAAUUUGGUAUAUAUUUUGUAACUUUUAUCGAUUGUUUUCAGUGAUCAAAACUAACUACCUGUCAACCUGAAGCAUAAAAUUCUAAAAGUUCAGGUUAUAGGUAACUUUCAAGUAACUAACCUGUUGUGUAAUGAAUUUUUUGCACAGUAAUUUUAUCAGUAUAGUAAAAGGAUAACCUGGUUUCAAAAGAAAGACCAACAUUGAUUUUAACUGGUGUUUCUGGCUAAUGGAAGAACAAAUACUGGUCAUCUUAUAGCAUUGUAGUUUUAUUUGAAAGGACUUGAUUACACUGCUUAUUCUAGUUUCUUGGAAACAUGAAUUAAGUAUAAUGUAUUUAAUUGUUUACAUUAGUAUUUACAGAGAGAAAAUUACAUAUUGCUGAAAUAAAAAUACAUCUUUUCUCAUUAUAAAUGUAAAUUGUGAAAUAUUGGCAUGUGAAAAACAAUAUUUUUAUUUUGUACUGUGCUCAAUGCUGAGGUUAUAGUAAGCAUCAUUCAAUCAGUACUUUAGGAACUCGAGUAUAAGUUGGAAGUUUGGCAGUAAAAAUUCAGGUAAUAGAAACGCUUUUAAUUUAUCAGUGUUUCCAUAAGAACUUGUGUUGAAAAGCAUUCGAUAUGUUCAAUAUCUUUGGGUGGGUAUUCAUGACUUUUUGAAAGGUUUAGGAUUUUUUAGUGGGGCUUUUAUAAAGGUUGGGGCAUUAUACGACAAAAAAUGUAUUACUUUAUGUAUGUUACUUUAUAUCAUUUCCUAACAGUCACAGCAAAUUUGGCCAGGAAGUAGAAGACACUUAAAGAUAGUUUGGAUUAAAAAUGCUAGGUUUGUUUAAAAUGUUUAUAUCGUACAUUGGAAAAGAUGAGAUCUGGUUUAUAAAUUCAUGACACAAAAGCCCUAUACAUGCACUUAAUAAAACCCAAUGCAAAGGAACUGCUUUUUUGUUGCAGAUCUUCAUCUCAUGAUCCCAGUGAGGUCUUACAACACAGACCAUUCUUAUUUUUAUACAAAUAGCUUAUGUUUGCUUCUAUCAUAUUCUUGAUCAUCCUUCUUUGUUGGAUAUCCCACAGAGAUUAGGGCAUUAAACCUUUGAACUUACUCAGGGUGAAAAUUCUCAGAUAUCCAGUCCGCAAUAAAUUUUUGUCUCACCUGUUAUGAAAGUCACUGAAGUGAGACCUAGGCAUGCUAUUUUUGGCAUAGGUGUCCGCAGCAUCAACAAUUAUUAAAGUUUGUGAUUAGGUUACACAGUCAACACAUAUUUGUUUGUUAAAAAUUUAUUAUACUAACAUGUGAAUUCUGUAACUUAAUAUGAUUUAUUGUUUGCAUGAAUGUCUUAAAUCGGGUCCUACAGCUCAAUGUGAGGUUAUGUUAUAUUGUUAUUAAUCUGGCCAACUUUAAAUGAAGAUUAUUUGAAUUUAAAUGUUUUCAAAAAAAUAACUUUUAUACAUUAAAAAAUUAUCAAUUUAUACAUUUAUAUUCUUCUUUUACUAGUUAGUACCUACUACUAUUACAUGUUAUUUAUAUGAUUGUUGUAUUUUGUUUUUUAUCGUUAAGUGCCAUAUUUUUGUUUGUGCCAUACAUAUAGAAAUAUUUGUACAUAUAGUUUUGUUUUUUAUUAUAAAGAAAUAAAUUAUGCUAUUAUUUUUCAAAAAAACUAAAUUUCAUAUAUUAAAAAAAUAAUCAAUUUACACAUUUAUAUUCUUAUUUUACUAGUAACUACCUUUAUGUAUCAAUUAUGUGGUUGUUGUAAUUUAUAUUGUAUUCUUAAAGUGCUAUUUUUAUAUUUGUGCCAUAAACAUAGAAAUAUUUGUA